AUGUCUGCUGUGAGCAAGCGGCCAUAUGGGUGUAGUACACGUGGUCAUAGCUGUGAGAUUAUAAUAGGUGUGUUUGCUAGGGCUUUGGGGUCGUAUGGACAUAGUAGACGUAGCCACAACGGUGAGGCGAAUGUAGAGGAGGAGACCUAUUUCUCCUCAAAGUGUAGUGAUUGUUGUGCAACAGAUUCGGAAAAGACAUCAGUGGAACUUCCGGAGAAAGAAGCGUGGAAAUAG